CCGUGAUUUCAAAAAUCCAGCUUGGCAAUGUUGAAGGAGGUGGUCCUGGUAUUGGCCACGGCCGCAACAACCUGCGUGGCCUACGUCAUUCUACGGGAGAUACUUGUCCCUGGCACCUAUGAGCCAAAGAAAAGCAAGCAGGAGCGGCGACAGGAGCGCAAUGAACGCCGACGGACUCGCAUCGACGAACGCAGGAAGCAAAAACAGAUGCAAGCCAAGGCGGAGCGGCAACAUCGAUGGGAGAUCGAGGCUGCAUUGCAUCCGAUCGACCAAGAGGAGAAACAACGGCUGUACGACGCCAAGAUGGUCGUAAAGAAGCAGCAGCAAGCGCAGCUCGAGGAGCGAUUGAACAUGGCAAUGGCUAUUGGACUCCGCGUUGUCGUGGACCUCGACUUUCUCAACGUCCAAACCAUUCGGGAGCGGAACAGUGUCUUCAAGCAAAUCGCGACCAUCUACGGAACGAUGAAGAAGAGCUCGUUCUCGAACCUGCUGUCGUUGCAUCUUGCCUCAUACGGCGGCGACGUCGCGACGUUCUGUGACCAAAAAGGAGCUCAAUCGUGGAAGGUCACCCGCCACGACCAGCCAGUGCACGACCUCUUCCAGAACGACAAUGUCGUCUUCUUGUCCCCAGAUGCCCCCACCGCGCUCACUGCCGUCGACCCCGACACCGUGUACGUCGUCGGGGGUAUCGUCGACCGCACUGUGCGCAAGAGUCAAUCGCUGGCCAAAGCGCAUGGGUCGGCCAUCCGCACCGCUCGACUGCCUGUCCAAGAGCACCUUCGGGUCAAGUCGCAUGUCCUCAACAUCGACACGGUGGUUCUCGCGCUUCUGGAAGUCCACAACCACGGCGAUUGGAAGCGCGCGUUCGAGUCGGUCUUGCCCAAACGGCUGCUGCGUCCGGACGAGUCCCAAUAAUAAAAUGCAACUAACUCCAUUCGCAA